AUGGGAACCAAGGAGGCUGGAAGGCCGCAUAUCCCAAGGAACCGAAAAGCCAGAUUCUACACAAGACGCCUCCGUGCCUCAACAAUCACAAAGCGCCCCCGCGUCUCAGCGGUCCAGGGGUUCAUGGCCUCCUCGCCCCCCAGGGAAGAAAAAGACUUCACCAAGCUAAACACUGAAAUCACCUCCAUCCUGGCAAUAAUGAAGACGGACCCAAAUUACCGCCCUCCACGACCGAUGAACCCCAACAGACCCCCGAGCUCCAAAUACUGUGACUACCACGAGGACACUGGGCACACGACCGAAAGGUGCUACCAACUCCGCAACCUGAUUGAAAACAAAAUACAGAGCGGCGAGCUAUCACACUUCACAUUACGCGAGGACCCCAACCAGCCUAACCCGGCUGGCACGGAUAGGAUCAUCGACGUCAUAUCAGGAGGCUUUGCCUCCAGGGGGUCAUCAAACAAUGCAAAGAAACUAUAUGCCAGGGAGGUGUGCAGAAUUGAUUCCAAACGCCCUAAACAAAACCCUUCACUGGUCAUUUCGUUCUCAGAUGAGGACUACCCGGAAGGGAUAAUCAGAACACACCAGGAUGCAAUGGUCAUUACAACAAAGAUUGGCACAAACACUGUCAAGAAAAUUCUGAUCGAUGAUGGCAGCUCGGUGGAUAUCCUAUACCACGGAGCAUUCUCCAGGAUGGAACUGGGCGACAAGAUACUCGAUAGAGCCAGAAAUGCUCCCCUGUACGGGUUCACGGGAAAUGAGGUCAGGGUCCUGGGAACAAUCGACCUCCCGGUCCUCUUUGGCUCUCCACCCGCCCAGCUAUGGCACGUGGUUAAAUUCCAUGUAAUCAAUGCAACAAACACUUACAAUGCAAUACUGGGGCGAACUACAACAACAGCGCUCCGAGCAAUAACGUCAAUUCUGCAUUUAAAAAUGAAAUUCCCCACCGAAUUUGGAGUAUGA